UACAAACGGAAACGGAAUUGAAGUUCAUGUAUGUACGUCGUCGAAACAACACAGUAAAUGUUUUUACAACAUUUGCUCUAAAGUGUAUGAGUGUGUAAAAAGUAAAACCUGCAGGUUAAAGGCAUCUUCUUAUAAAACAACGUUAGAAGAUUAUAACAACAAUAACAUCUCUACAAUAAAGAAAAUAAAAUAAACGAAAACCUCAAACAAAAAAGAAAACACCAGCUUCUAACAUGGAUAUACGUUUUAUAUUCAUCAUAUUUUUAUUAAAUUGGAAUUACACACAAGGUUCACAUCCACCCAGAAUAGUGGAACAUCCAAUUGACACAACAGUGCCGCGUCAUGAACCCGCAACGCUUAAUUGCAAAGCGGAAGGUUCGCCCAUACCCACCAUACAGUGGUAUAAAGAUGGAGUACCAUUGAAAAUUUUACCAGGAUCACAUAGGAUAACAUUACCGGCUGGUGGAUUAUUCUUUCUAAAGGUGGUAAACUCAAGACGUGAAACGGAUGCUGGUGUAUAUUGGUGUGAAGCGAAAAAUGAGCUGGGUUUUGCUCGCUCACGUAAUGCGACAUUACAAGUGGCGGUGCUGCGUGAUGAAUUUCGUAUUGAGCCGCAAAACACACGCAUUGCACAGGGCGAUACGGCUUUAUUGGAAUGUGCUGCUCCACGAGGGGUACCCGAACCGGUGGUGUUUUGGAAAAAAGGUGGCCAAAUGUUAGAUAUGGAGUCGACGAAACGGAUACGCAUAGUAGAUGGUGGCAAUUUGGCCAUACAAGAUGCCCGUCAAAGUGAUGAGGGUCAAUAUCAGUGUAUUGCCAAAAAUCCUGUAGGCAUAAGAGAGUCAACAAUGGCCACAUUAAAAGUUCACAUUAAACCAUUUAUUAUACGUGGCCCACAUGAUCAAACCGUUUUGGAGGGUUCAUCAGUGACAUUCCCUUGUCGUGUUGGCGGUGAUCCAAUGCCUGAUGUUUUAUGGUUGCGCACUGCUUCUGGCGGCAAUAUGCCAUUAGAUCGUGUUAGCGUUUUGGAAGACAGAAGCUUGCGUUUGGAACGUGUCACCGUAGCAGAUGAGGGUGAAUAUAGCUGUGAGGCUGACAAUGUUGUAGGCGAAAUAUCCGCCAUGGGCACUCUCACGGUAUAUGCACCUCCCAAAUUUAUACAACGUCCUACUAGUAAAUCCGUAGAAUUAGGUGCUGAUACCUCUUUCGAAUGUCGAGCUUCCGGCAAUCCUCGCCCCACCAUAUUCUGGACCAUAAAAAACAAUCGUACCGUAAUCUUUCCGGGAGCACCGCCUUUAAAUCGUUUCCAAAGUAUAAACACCGAAGAUGGUCAUUCCAUACUAACGCUAACAAAAUUCCAGCGUACUGAUAAAGAUUUGGUCAUAGUGUGCAAUGCCAUGAAUGAAGUGGCCACCAUAACCACAAGAGCUCAAUUGACUUUGGAUUCACAAGAAGAUAGACCGCCGCCUAUAAUUAUAAUGGGUCCAGUAAAUCAAACGCUGCCUGUGAAGAGCUUAGCCACCUUGCAUUGCAAAGCGAUUGGUUUACCCAAUCCCACCAUCUCCUGGUAUCGUGAUGGCAUACCCGUGCAUCAAACUGCAAAAAUUAAUAUAACCACAGCUGGUGAUUUAAUAAUUUCCGACUUAGAUAGACAGCAAGAUCAGGGUUUGUAUACCUGUGUGGCCAGCAGUCGUACGGGCAAAAGUACCUGGAGUGGUUUCUUGCGCAUUGAGGUGCCCACCAAUCCCAACAUUAAAUUCUAUCGUGCACCAGAACAAAGCAAAUGUCCAUCGGCACCUGGGCAACCGAAAGUCUUAAAUGCCUCAUCUACUGCUCUGACAAUUGUAUGGCCAACAAGUGAUAAGCCUGGUGCCUCACCCCUGCUGGGCUAUUCGGUGGAAAUGUAUUCCACCAACAAUAGUAAAACAUGGAUACCCAUAGCGGCACGCUUGAAUGAGCCCAUUUUUACAGUUGAUGGCCUGUCAAAUGGAGCAGCAUACAUGUUUAUUGUACGAGCUGAAAAUGCAUUGGGUUUCUCGCCACCCUCUCCCAUCUCGGAGACAAUAAUUGCUGGUCAAUUGGUAACAAGAGGACAUCGCGGCAGCAGCUCUACAUCAUCGUCGGCCAUCGAUGGGGCAGGAAAUGUUGAUUUAAUGCUUGCCGAAGUGGAAACUUUAUUGCAAACAAACGAUGUUGUCGAGCUACUCGAAGCAAAUGCUUCCGAUUCGUCAAGUGUACGUCUGGCCUGGGAUAUUGAUAGCGGUCAAUAUAUCGAAGGCUUUUAUAUUUAUGCCAGAGAAUUGCAUUCGGUUGAGUAUAAAAUGAUGACUGUAUUAAAUGCUGGCAAUGGCGCCAGUGCCUGUACGGUAAAUGGUUUGGCGAAGGCCAGCAAUUAUGAGUUUUUUCUUGUGCCAUUUUACAAAAGCGUCAUAGGAAAACCAUCUAAUUCGAAAUAUGCCAUGACCAUGGAAGAUGUGCCAGAAUCGCCGCCUCAUGGUAUGGAGGCUAUACAAUUUAAUCGCACCUCUGUAUUCCUAAAAUGGCAGCCACCAUAUCCCAACAGAACCCGAAAUGGCAUUUUAACCAAUUACAAUGUGAUUGUCAAAGGUUUAGAUGUUCACAAUACAACACGCAUUUAUAAAAAUAUGACAAUAGAUGCCAGCUCACCAACCCUGUUGCUGGCCAAUCUCACCACAGGUGUCACCUAUUAUAUUGUCGUGGCAGCAGCCACUAAAGUAGGUGUUGGUCCUUUUAGUAAACCAGCGGUAUUGCGUAUGGAUCCCAGAACACAAUCAUUAGAUACUGGCUACACAAGAUAUCCCAUCAAUCGUGAUAUAGCGGAUGAUUUUUUAACUCAGACGUGGUUUAUCGUUUUACUGGGUUCCAUAAUAGCUAUUAUAGUUUUUCUAUUUGGUGCUUUGGUUUUAUUUAAACGUUAUCAAUUCAUCAAGCAGACCUCAUUGGGUAGUUUACAUGGAAAUCACGCAAUUGGUGCUGUGCGAAAAUUCCCCACUCUGCCAUUAAAUGCCAAUGGUGGCGGUGGUGUUUGGAUCGAUCCAGCCGGUGGGGUUUGGCGUCAGGCCAAUACAACAUCUUGUACCACAAAGGAGCAGCUGCCGGAUUAUUCCCAGGUAGCCGGCCAAACAGCACAGCAGCAGCACCACCAGCAACAACAACAACAGCAACACCACAUGCCUUUGCCAGAUUAUGAAAGACUAACACCACUUAAUAUGCCCGAUUAUGCUGAAGUUGCAUGUUCAACAUUUAAAACUCCAAACGGAACAGCACAUGGCCAGACCGCAAACAAUGGAUUACAGAAACAACAACAGCAGCAAUCGUUGUAUGAUAGUUGCGGUGCAUAUGCAACAACAAAUCUUGUAGCAAAUGCAAAAUUAUAUCAGAAUCAUCAGCAACAACAACAACAACAGCAGCAGUCACAACGUUAUGCAACCGGAAAUGGAAAUAAUACGACAACUUCAACGAUUAAAACAAUGCAACAACAGCAGCAGCAGCAACAAGGUGGCGGUGAUAAUAUAGAGGGUGCUUUGCGCACAGGAAAUGAACAAAAAUUAUCAUCAUUGUCCUCAUCAUCACCAUCGACGGCCUCAACAACAGCGGCGGCAUCAGCACUAACACGCAACAAUAUUAACAACGAUGACUAUCGUUCAACAAUGGGCAGUAUUUCAUCUGGUCUGUAUUCGGCGCCACCCAGUCAACAUUAUUCCAUGGGCAGUGGUUGUGGUAGUAUUGGCGGCAGCGGUGCUGGUAUUGGUGGUGUUGUAGGUUUUGCUAAUAUGGACAACAAUCCCUUUGGCAACAAUAUGUUAACAUUGCCGGAUAAAAUGACAGCUAGUACGGCUUCCACAGCCAUACUAAGCUCAUCGCCGGCUAAAACACAACCACAUCAAACAAAAAAAUCAAUGACAAAUUUAAAUACUGGCACGGCUAUGAGUGCAAAUAAAAUCAAUAUUACCGAGAAUCGUUUUGACUUGAUGAAUAAUGAACCCUUGCAGCCUACACGUUUAAAUCCCUUCAAUUCCAAUAGUAUGCAAUCACAAAGUCAACGACAACAACAGCAACAACAGCAGCAGCAGCAACAACAACAACAGCAACAAUUACUGGUUGCCAGUAAUGCCUUGAAACAGGGACUGGGCGCUUAUGCCAACACUACUUUAGCCACCCAAAUGAUAAGCGGUGGUGGAGCGGGUACUUUGCGUAGACCACGCAACAACAAGGUAUUCAAAAGUGAAAAUAACAUAAACUUUGGUAGUCUCUACAACAAUAAAUCAACCUCAAACAGUACUGCACAACCAGCUACUAAUCACAAUACAGGAUCACAUUUAGAUUUUCUCACCAACUCGCAUGCUGAUCAUUUUAAUGACAACGAUUUUGGUGCCAUAAGUAACUCCACCAAUCAAUUGCUCAACGACUGGGCUUCUAAUUCCUCAAUAGCGGCCUCAGACUAUCAUUUUGGCAGUAAACAGCCCAAUAAACAACAUUUGUAUAUAAAAUCCAAGGACGGCACUUGGUCAGCUGUCUCCUCGGAUGCCUAUCAAGCAUUUAGGCAGCAACAGCAGCAGCAGCAACAACAACAGCAGCCACCACCUUCUUAUGCUCAUGCGGCAGGUGAUAAAUUUUUACAACCUUCCCCUAGUCAUUUAAUUUCGAAUUCGAACACCUCCACCAAUAAUACCAAUAACACCACCAACAAUACCACUUCCUCCGCAUCCUCCUCCCAAUUAACUAGUUUAUAUAAUAAUACCAGCAACCAUAAUCAAGUGUCUAAUGGCAGCAGCCACAAUAACAGCAGCAGUAGUAGCUCAAAUUUAAAUUCCUCCACCAUCAACACCACCACCACCACCGCUAGCGAUAAUUUAAUGUCUAGUCAUAAUAAUAAGUAUUUUAGUAGUUUUGGUCCCUCAGCCAAUGUGUAAGUUUAACAAAAUUUGUAAUCAAUAAAAUAUGCUAAAACCCCAAAAAAAAACACACAACAAAUUCUUUUUUAGCUUGUAUUGAUAAUUUGUAAAAUAAUCCAAAACAAAAACACACUUGAUCCUAUAGCAAACGAUUAGCAAGAUCAAGUCAAACAUAUAACAAUUUAAAACAAACAAAAAAAAAAUAACUAUGUACAGUAUAAUUGUGAUCUUAAAAAGAAAAAUAAUAAUUUAAUAAAAACAAAAGGAAAUUUCUAGUGCUCAUCUGUCAGUUAAAAACUCCGUCUUAAGGAGUCUAAGGGGUUGUACAGCAACA